AUGCCCUGCUCAAUCCCAUCAAAAUCGUUGAAGGACCAUGCCUCCAUAUGGGAAGAUGCCCCCUUUCUUCAAGGGUCGACUCGGUUCGAGCCUCAAGCCGAAAUCAACAACAUCAUGAUAACAGGCGGUGCUGGUUUCAUCGCCUCGUGGGUUGUACGACACCUGACCAAAAUUUAUCAUGGCCACUACAACAUAAUCUCGUUUGACAAGUUGGACUACUGUGCGACACUCAAUAACACUGCACAACUAGACAAGGAGCCAAAUUUCACCUUCUACAAAGGUGACAUUACCAGACACGAUGAUGUUAUGGACUGCUUGCGAAAAUAUGAUAUCGACACAGUGAUGCAUUUUGCCGCUCAGACGCACGUUGACCUAUCUUUCGGCAAUUCCAACGAUUUCACAAACACUAAUGUCGUCGGCACACAUGUCCUUCUUGAGUGUGUGAAGUCACACGGAGUCCAGAAAUUUAUCCAUGUGUCCACCGACGAAGUGUACGGCGAGGUAAAGGACGACGGCAAAGAUCUUCUGGAAGAUGCUCUCCUUCUGCCGACGAACCCUUAUGCAGCAUCGAAGGCAGCGGCAGAGAUGUAUGUGGAAGCCUAUCGUAAGAGUUUCCAGAUCCCCGCUAUUGUUGUGCGUAGCAACAAUGUUUACGGGCCACAUCAAUUUCCUGAAAAGGUCAUCCCCAAGUUCUCCAUGCUCCUACAGCGCAACCAGAAAUUGUCACUCCACGGCGACGGGACACACACCAGAAGAUAUCUCUACGCCGGAGAUGCGGCUGAUGCAUUUGACACGAUCCUCCACAAAGGUCGAAUCGGUCAUAUUUACAACGUUGGCUCUUCGGAUGAGAUUUCCAACUUUACCCUCUGCUCUAUGCUGUUAGGGGAGUUUGGAUUGUCCAACGAAAGCAAAGAUGAAGUCUACAAGCAUGUGGUACACUGCGAAGAUCGUCCGUUCAAUGACCAUCGUUACGCUGUAGAUGGCUCGAAGCUCAAGCAGUUAGGAUGGCAGCAGAAGACGCCAUUCAAGGAAGGUCUUCGUACCACAGUCGACUGGUACAGAAAAUAUGGUGGAACCUGGUGGGGCGACAUCUCCGACCGACUGACUCCCUUCCCUACAAUUCCACCAGAAGAGCAGACUGAUCGAGCAAGAGACACAGAACUGGCAAGCUCUCCCAUGAGGCACAAGAAGAAUGGCAAGCGUGAGCUUGACGAGGUCGAUGGAUCACCAGACGUGAAAAGACGCAAAGAAAACAUGGAUUCAGUUCUUGGUGCAGUCAAGGGCGCAUAA